CAUCGCUUAUAUCAUGAUCAUAUGCUCGGGAUAUUGAUAUAAAAACUCGGAGCGCAAGCCGCAGAAGUCGAUCUACCUGUUAUCUGUAACAUGUCUUCUGGUAUGAUCAUCCUCUUUGUGGCUGCAGUCACAAUUUACUUCUACUGCCGUCGACGCAGUAGAUUACCACUACCUCCUGGACCACCUUCAAAAUUCUUUACCGGAAAUGCUCAUCAAUUACCAAAGAAAGAGCCUUGGCGGAUGUAUGCCACGUGGGCUGAAAGCUAUGGACCCAUAUUCUCCUUCCGCGUGCCUAACCGGCAGUUCAUAGUGCUCAACUCCCUAAAAUCAGCCACUGAAUUGCUCGACUCGCGCGCCACUACGUAUUCUGAUCGUCCGAAAAUAUGGAUGUUCACAGAACUUGCGAAGCGCAGCCUACCCCCGUUCAACAUAUCUUUCAAUCACCCGUAUUUCAAGAUGUAUCGCACGAUCUUUAAAUCCAGUCUGAGUCCUCGGACGAUACAAAGCUACCAGUCGCUACAAACUGAACAAUCUCGCGUGCUGCUCGAUGAUCUGCACAAAAACCCUGAACAAUUCGCCGAUCACAUCAGAAGGAGCGCAGGGGCCGUUGUGCUUCAUCUCGCAUAUGGCUGGAAGAGCAUCGAGAGUAACGAUUAUUUCCUUGGUGUCUUGCGAGAAUGGGAGGAAAUGAGCAAUAUCCUAUUGCAGCCUGGACGUUGGUUGGUCGAAGUGAUGCCAUCAUUACGUUUCAUACCUUCAUGGUUUCCAGGGGCAGGUUUCAAGCGCGUGGCCUUUGACCUCGGCAAAAAGUUAAGUAGGCUCGACGCAAUACCAAUCAACUGGACCAAACAGCAGAUAAAAAGCGGCAGCUAUAUGCAUUCCUUCGUUUCAGAACAGCUCCUUCCAGAAGAUGGGUCCACGGUCAGUGCUCAACACGAAGAAAUCGUCAAGUGGUGCAGUCAUGGGAUCUAUAGAGGGGGAGUAGAUACCCAGACAGCAUUUUCCAUCACGUCUUUCAUUCUGGCGAUGAUGCUCUAUCCAGAAGUGCAGAAGCAUGCGCAGGCAGAGAUCGAUGCCGUCGUGGGCCAGGAUCAAUUUCCCACUUUCAAGGACAGAGGCAAGCUCCCGUAUAUCGGAGCACUCAUCCUCGAGCUUCUCCGAUGGGCACCUGUGGCUCCGCAAGGGCUCUCUCACCACGCAAUGAAAGAAGAUGUCUACGAAGGGUACCACAUACCCAAGGGUGCGACCGUCAUCCCAAAUAUUUAUUCCAUGUCCCGGGAUAAAGAAAUGUACCCCGACCCAUUGGAGUUCAGACCUGAGCGUUUCUUGGGUCCCUCGCCCCAAUUGGACCCACACAAGUUCGUCUUUGGGUUCGGGCGCCGCUCAUGCCCUGGGUUGCAUUUUGCCGAAGCCUCGUUAGGAGAAGAGAUCACGCUUCCUGCAGAGUUUGAGGGUGUUGGUCUACUCUGGCGCCCCAAACCAUUCAAGUGCAGAUUCAUCCCAAGGAACAAGGAUUUACUGGCAACUCUCUCGCAAUAACCAGCGCAUCACUUGCACCUCACGGAUUAGUGAUUUCUACUGCGUCACUACGGUCACGCAGCCAUACAUACUUGACUAGGUGGUUUUCUUUUUAGCAGCCCCUAGAUCACAUUUAAUACAGUAUUGUCAAUGUAACCUACUGACUCGGUGGGCCGGAUGAACAACAUCGAGCUUGCAAUGAUGACCCACCAUA